GAUUCCUUCCCUUCUCUUCCUCCAAAACCCCAAACUCUGCCCAUUCCACCAUCCUCCCUCUGAACAUCACCCGGAUCGCACUGCCGUCCCCACGAGCUGUGCGGCAAUCCGAUCUGAUUUCAGACUCCUUCCACCGCGUUUUGAGAACAGGUCGACGGCGCCAAAAAAAAAAGGCCCGGAAUUAUUUCGCUGGCUCAUUUGCCAUCCGGCCACCGACAAGGUUCGUUCAUCCACUCUGCUCUCGGCCCCCCCCUUGCACACAAAAAGAGCGGUCUGGCUGCCCGCUUUUGUUGUGCAUUUUGCCGCCCGCCCGCCGCGCUCCCCCAAACUCUUCCUCUGUCAACCCCAAACCCACGGUCGGGCCAAACCCAAACCACCAAAAACCAACACACCACCAUCACGCCCGUCUUCGGCCUCCUGACAUUCUCUCAACGCCGUCCAGGACGAGCACCUGCCGAGGGGGAUAAAGCCAGACGACGGGAGUAAACCAGAGUUCUGACCAGCAACAUCUCGACGUCUCGGUGUAGCCUCUGACAAUCCCCAAGAAAUAUCGACAUCGAGUCUUCGGGACCGAAAUCUCGUCAAGAUGACUACCAUGGAUCUUCGUGUCGGUAAUAAGUACCGCAUCGGGCGCAAGAUCGGUUCGGGCUCGUUCGGUGAUAUCUACCUCGGCACCAACAUCAUCUCGGGCGAGGAGAUCGCCAUCAAGCUCGAGAGCGUCAAGGCCAAGCACCCCCAGCUCGAGUACGAGGCGCGGGUCUACAAGUCGCUCGCCGGCGGUGUCGGCAUUCCUUUCGUCCGCUGGUUCGGAACCGAGUGCGACUACAAUGCUAUGGUCCUCGACCUGCUUGGUCCCAGUCUGGAGGACCUGUUCAACUUUUGCAACCGCAAGUUCUCGCUCAAGACAGUUCUCCUUCUAGCCGACCAGCUCAUCUCGCGUAUCGAGUAUAUCCACGCCAAGUCCUUCAUCCACCGCGACAUCAAGCCCGACAACUUCCUGAUGGGCAUCGGCAAGCGCGGCAACCAGGUCAACGUGAUUGACUUCGGUCUUGCCAAGAAGUACCGCGACCCCAAGACGCACUUCCACAUCCCGUACCGUGAGAACAAGAACCUGACCGGAACCGCCCGGUAUGCUUCCAUCAACACCCAUCUUGGUGUCGAACAAUCUCGCCGUGACGACAUGGAGUCUCUUGGAUACGUGAUGCUCUACUUCUGCCGUGGAUCUCUGCCGUGGCAGGGACUCAAGGCUGCCACCAAGAAGCAGAAGUACGACAGGAUCAUGGAGAAGAAAAUGACGACACCUACCGAGGUUCUCUGCCGCGGAUUCCCCAACGAGUUCGCCAUCUACCUCAACUACACGCGGUCGCUUCGCUUCGACGACAAGCCUGACUACAGCUACCUCCGCAAGAUCUUCCGCGACCUGUUCGUCCGCGAGGGUUUCCAGUAUGACUAUGUCUUCGAUUGGACGGUGUACAAGUACAAGGGCAACAGCAACACCAGCGGCACCGGCGCCGGCACCGGCACCGGCACCCGGGCAAAGGAUGCCCAGGAGGACCCGCAGCAGGGUAUGGCCGCGGCGACCACCCGUAUUCGCAAGAACCUCGGCGAGGAAACGCCCAACACCCGAGGCGCCAUCGGCGGCAGCGACAGGAUUGUGCGAUGAACAGGCUGCGUUCGGCAUACAAGGACUCCCGCACCGGAGACGCCGCCUAUCGCACCAAGUGAAGCACGGACCGGCCGUUUACCUAACGCUCUCGAAAUCUGCUAGGCGUUGAGCUUGGAGUAUUGUAUCCCCACACUGUCACCUGCCAGUGUUGGGCGUGGUGUCUGCCUUUUCUUAUUCGUCUGCAUCGUCUCGGCUUCUCCCCCCGCCUAUCCGCACAUCCGCAGCCAGAUCCGCCACUGCCUCGGGGUCUGGUGCAUGCGUCGAUGCGAUCGAGCCUGAGCCGCUUUCGAACGGCAACCACGUGUCUCCCCUCGACAACAUCUCUGCAAGAUUGCUUCUUUAUUUCCUUCAUCUUUCGACGGCAUCCGACUUUCCUUUCUCUCCUUGCUCGGCCUGCUCUCGGCACGGCCGUCUGCACGAUGUAAUCUAUGCCUCCGGACUUGGAUUACUGAGUGACGGCGGGCUUUUCCGAGAAAGGGUUGAACGGCAUGUCCGGUGCCUCGAGCCUCGGAUCUGCCGCGAAGCUAGGGAUCCUCUGUUCUGUCAGGAAUUGUAUCUACAAUUCUCUGGCUGCGAAGAUCUCGGAAAGGACCUGAUAUUCAACGACCGUGGACCGGCGUCUCGCUGCUCCACCGUUCGCCUAUCGGUAUUCGCCUCCAAGUUACGAAGCACCACAUCAUCCCCGUUUCAAAUCCUCUGUUUCUCUUUAUCUUUCCUUCCCUCACCCUCCCACUACUUGGGAAGGUCGUCUUUUUCCUCGCAAUUGACAACAUAGCUUCGGAGCCCGCUUGUGGGGAUGUAAUUCAGGGGACGAGGAGCUUUUUCAGUGGACAUGGUGUGACGAGGGCGUGGUCCGAGCAUUUACGUGCUUUUGAUCGCCCCAAGUCGACCACCGUCCUGGCAGAUGCAUUUGGCAAGCCGUGGCCUUCGGUGUGGUGUGUCCUUUUCGGCACCGACACCGCCAUCCUGGCCCCACCAGAGGACUUCGCAUGUGGCAAAGCUGCGGUUUCCGGACCGUAGGUCCUGGGUCUAUUAUUGCUCAAUACACCGGACCGCCACCAUCCUCGGGCGUAAUUAGCGUUGGUUUUCGGAGCGCAGGGUUUGGUCUUUGGCGAGAGGCAAUACAAUGGUCGGAUGCAUGGCGCGGUGGCUAUGCCAACGAUCCUUGUUAGGGCAAGACAGGAAGGAGGCGAAGCGGAUGGGACACUGCUCAUGCAGCGGCCCCUCCGUUCGUCAAGAUGCCUUCCGCCUCUCUCGAAAUCCGGAACCGUCUGUGGUGGACCAUCGCAACCAGAUUGACAACACAUCGGCGUAUACGCAGGCCAUAGAUAGCUUUCAAACACUUAUUUCUUUACACAUUAUUCGCUCAUGCUGCGCUGACGUUGCUCUUUGGCACUAUAUCGCCUCCCGUCGUCAGAUCGGGUCGCUGCAC